AUGGUAUCCACUCGUCCUAUUGUCAAGGUUGCGGCUGUCCAGGCCGCACCUGUUUCCUUUGAUCUGGAAACGAGUCUGCAGAAGCUGAGUAAGCUUACAGAGGAAGCUGCCCAAGCUGGUGCAGACUUGGUUGUAUUCCCUGAAGGGUUCUUGUCUGCGUAUCCAUGGAGAUACGCGUUUGACGCAACGAUUGGUGCCCGAGAGCCGCGAGGACGCGAGUGGUAUGCCAAGUACGUUGAUUCGGCCGUCGAGGUUCCCUCUCCCGCCUUCGAUAGGCUUUGUGAAACAGCCAAGGCAAACGACGUCCUCCUUCAUGUGGGAAUUAUUGAAAAGGCAGGCGGUACGCUGUACUGCACUGCUUUGCUUCUAGACCGGGAGGGGAAGCUGGUGUAUAAGCAUCGCAAGGUGACACAGCCGAUCCAUCAAGCCAUGUUCGAGACUAACAAGCUUAAGCUCAUUCCAACGGCCGCUGAGAGACUUGUUUGGGGUCGAGGCGCCGGAGAUGGCCUAUUAGUCAAGCCAACGGAUGUUGGCAGAGUCGGAAGCUUGAUCUGCUGGGAGAAUUACAUGCCGGCGGCUCGUAUGGCGAUGUACCAGCAAGGCAUCGAGAUUUACGUGGCGCCCCACGCCGAUGAUUUGGCCACCUGGACAGCAUCGAUGCAGCAUAUUGCGAAGGAAGGGCGAUGCUUUGUAGUGUCUGUCAACUCGUUCUGCAAAGUAUCGGACUUCCCGCCUGACUACCCGCCUUUUACGGCCGAACACCCCGAUCGGAGGCCGGACGGAGCACAAUGGGAGGCGGAUGAUAUUCUCAACCACGGUGGCUCAUGCAUCGUCGGGCCGCUGGGCACAUUUCUUGCCGAGCCGGUGUGGGACAAGGAAGAGAUUGUCUAUGCCAGCCUCCGAAUGGCAGACAUCACGGAGUCCAAGCUGGACUUUGACCCCAUCGGCAGCUACUCCCGGCCCGACAUCUUUUCAUUGACGGUCAACACCAAGCCGGCCGACAACGUCGUAUUCACCAGCUGA